AUGCAUUCCUCUGAGCGAUGCGCUCUGCACCGCUUGCCUGUGUCUCGCUGCCAGCGCUCCCAUUGUGCUUCCACCCAGGGAUUUACCUCCUUCUCACAGAAAAUGAAGAUGAGUCAGGCGUUCCUGCACAUCCUCAUCCUCAGGAAUAUCCGCAUGGUGAAGGAGAACGAUGCCUCGGUGAAUCCCACCUUCAUUGUGAAGCCCGAUGGGGGCUCUCAGGGCGACGGCAUCUACCUCAUCCGUGACCCCAGUGACCUGAAGCUCAUGGUGGGUUCACAGGCCAAACAGGCUGUGGUCCAGGAGUACAUCCAGAGGCCGCUGCUCAUUGACAAGCUCAAGUUCGAUAUCCGCCUGUACGUGCUGCUGAAGUCCCUGGAGCCGCUGGAGAUCUACAUUGCCAAGGAAGGCCUGACACGAUUCUGCACCGAGCCGUACCAGGAACCAAGCCAGAAGAAUCUGAGCCAUGUCUUCAUGCACCUGACAAACUACUCGCUGAACGUCCACAGUGGAAACUUUGUCCACUCCAACAGCCAGAGCACAGGCAGCAAGCGCUCGCUCUCCAGUGUGCUGUACAGGCUGGCAGCUAAAGGCGUGGACAUCAAGAAGGUGUGGUCCGACAUCAUCGCCCUCGUCAUCAAGACCACCAUCGCCGUGGUGCCUGAGCUUAGAGUCUACUAUCAGGCUGAAAUACCUCCUGGCAAACCGGGACCCACAUGCUUUCAGAUUUUGGGUUUUGACAUCCUUCUGAUGAAGAACCUGAAGCCAGUACUAUUAGAGGUCAACUCCAACCCCAGUAUGAGAAUAGAACAUGAGCAGGAGAUGGCGCCAGGAGUUUUUGAAUAUGUUCCCAGUCCGGUCGACGAAGAGGUCAAAGUGGGGGUGAUCAGGGACGCUCUGCGCCUUAUGGACCCCGGCCACAAGAGAACUUCAAUGUAA